AUGCGAUCAGUCACCGGACUCACGGGUGCAGCCCUCAUCAGCAUAGCCGCGGCCCAGCAUAUCGGCAAGAAUCCGGAGCUGCACCCCAAGCUGUCGACGUGGGAGUGUUCGUGGCAGGACGGAUGCCGGGAGAAGAAGACCAGCGUGGUGCUGGACGCACUGGCACACCCGGUUCGCCAGGUCGACCACCCGCAGUACAACUGCGGCGACUGGGGCAGCAAGCCCAACGAGACGGCGUGCCCGGACGAGAAGACGUGCCAUGACAACUGCGUCAUGGAGGGCAUAUCGGACUACGAGCAGGUCGGCGUGACGACGGACGGGUCUAGCAUCCGUCUGGACAUGCUCUCGGACAACGGCACCCUGUACAACCCUCGCGUCUACCUGCUGUCCGAGGGCGAGACCGAGUACGAGAUGCUGUCGCUCGCCGGCAAGGAGUUCACCUUUGACGUCGACGUGUCCAAGCUGCCCUGUGGCAUGAACGGCGCCGUCUACCUUUCCGAGAUGCCGUCCGACGGAGGCAUGGGUGGACUCAACGAGGCGGGUGCCUACUACGGCACGGGGUACUGCGAUGCUCAGUGCUAUACUACUCCGUUCAUCAGCGGAAAGCCCAACAUCAAGGGUCGCGGCGCCUGCUGCAACGAGAUGGACAUCUGGGAGGCCAACUCUCGGGCAUCCAACAUCGCCUCGCACCCGUGCAACCGGACCGGCCUGUUCGAGUGCGAAGGCGACGAGUGCGGCAAGCAAGGCUCCUGCGACAAGAUCGGCUGCACGUACAACCCGUACAAGCUGGGCAACCGGGACUCGUACGGACGCGGGUGGCGCAAGGCGCUGGACACGACUCGGCCCUUCACCGUCAUCUCGCAGUACCCCCUGAACGACGACGGCUCGCUGCAUUCGUACCGCCGGUCCUACAUCCAGGACGGACGCUUCAUCCCCAUGGGCGAGGUGCGCUUCGACAACCUGCCCAAGGUCAACUACCUGACCGAAGAGCUGUGCGAGGCCACCAAGGCGGACAAGUACCUCGACCUCGGCGGCCACAAGGCCAUGGGCGAGGCCAUGGAUCGCGGCAUGGUGCUCGCCCUGAGCAUCUGGUGGGACGACCAGGACCACCUCCAGUGGCUCGACGGCGCCCCCUCCGGACCCUGCAACGAGACGGAGGGCAUGCCCGAGAAUAUCCGCAAGAACCACCCCGGCACCGAGGUGACGUUCAGGAAUAUCCGUUGGGGCGAUUUGGGAAGUACCUUUUCCCUCGGCCUCGGGAACUGCACCGUCAGAGACGGCGGGGACGAGGCAAACCUGCCACUCGUUUCCGUGCCUGACCGUCGUCGUGGCGUGCGACAGGUUGAGCAUGGGCGGCAUGUACACGAGCAUGUGCACGGGCACGCGCAUGGGCACGUACAUGGCAUCGGACACGCACACGGACAUGCCCACGAUCUGUUCCGGGCACCGUCAGGAUUGCUUUAA